CCGAAUCGCCGCGGAGUCCGGCCUCUUGUUGUUGGAGGACUCCCACCCUUCGGCGCGGCCCGACGAGGAGAAACUGCGGCGCCGGGAAGCAGGCAUGGAGAGUAGAAAACUGAUUUCUGCUACAGACAUUCAGUACUCUGGCAGUCUGCUGAACUCCUUGAAUGAGCAACGUGGCCAUGGACUCUUCUGUGAUGUUACCGUUAUUGUGGAAGACCGAAAAUUCCGGGCCCACAGGAAUAUUCUUUCUGCUUCUAGUACUUACUUCCAUCAGCUCUUCUCAGUUGCUGGGCAAGUUGUUGAACUGAGCUUUAUAAGAGCAGAGAUCUUUGCAGAAAUUCUCAAUUAUAUCUAUAGUUCUAAAAUUGUUCGUGUUAGAUCAGAUUUGCUUGAUGAGUUAAUUAAAUCAGGGCAAUUGUUAGGAGUUAAAUUUAUAGCAGAGCUUGGUGUCCCGUUGUCACAGGUUAAAAGCAUCUCAGGUACAGCUCAGGAUGGUAAUGCAGAAACCUCACCUCCUGGUUCUAGUGACAAGAACCUUGAAAUACAAAAAUCAAAAGACGAAGCCCAAGAUAAUGGGGCCGCUAUAAUGCCUAUUAUAACAGAGUCUUUUUCCUUAUCUGCUGAAGAUUAUGAGACAAAAAAGAUCAUUGUUACUGAUUCAGAUGAUGAUGAUGAUGACGUCAUUUUCUGCUCUGAGAUUCUGCCUGCAAAGGAGACUUUGCCGAGUAACAGUGCAGUGGCACAGGUCCAGCCUAACUCAGGCUCUGUUGCUAUUUCAGAUGUCGCACCUUGUGCUAGUAAUAACUCUCCCCCUUUAACAAAUAUCACACCUACUCAGAAACUUCCUACUCCUGUGAAUCAGGCAACUCUGAGCCAAACACAAGGAAGUGAAAAAUUGCUGGUAUCUUCGGCCCCGACACAUCUGACUCCUAACAUUAUUUUGUUAAAUCAGACACCACUUACUACACCACCAAAUGUCAGUCCUUCACUUCCAAAUCAUAUGUCACCUUCAAUCAAUUUACUUGUGCAGAAUCAGCAGACACCAAACAGUGCUGUUUUAACAGGAAACAAGGCCAAUGAAGAAGAGGAGGAGGAAAUUAUAGAUGAUGAUGAUGACACUAUUAGCUCCAGUCCAGAUUCGGCCAUCAGUAAUACAUCUUUGGUCCCACAGGCUGAUAUCCCUCAAAGUACCACUUUUGAUGGAUCACUGAUACAGAAGAUGCAGAUCCCUACACUUCUGCAAGAGCCACUUUCCAAUUCUUUAAAAAUUUCAGAUAUAAUUACUAGAAACACUAAUGAUCCAGGUUUAGAAUCAAAACAUCUAAUGGAGGGUCAGAAGAUCAUUACUUUAGAUACAGCUACUGAAAUUGAAGGCUUGUCAACUGGUUGCAAGGUUUAUGCAAAUAUCGGUGAAGAUACUUAUGACAUAGUCAUCCCUGUCAAAGAUGACCCUGAUGAAGGGGAGGCCAGACUUGAGAAUGAGAUACCAAAAACAUCUAGCAGUGAGACAGCAAACAAACGUAUGAAAGUAAAACAUGAUGAUCACUAUGAGUUAAUAGUAGAUGGAAGGGUCUAUUAUAUUUGUAUCGUAUGCAAAAGAUCAUAUGUCUGUCUGACGAGCUUGCGGAGACAUUUUAACAUUCAUUCCUGGGAAAAGAAGUAUCCUUGCCGUUACUGUGAGAAGGUAUUUCCCCUUGCAGAAUAUCGCACAAAGCAUGAAAUUCAUCACACAGGGGAGCGAAGGUAUCAAUGUUUGGCUUGUGGCAAAUCUUUCAUCAACUAUCAGUUUAUGUCUUCACACAUAAAGUCAGUUCAUAGUCAAGAUCCUUCUGGAGACUCGAAGCUUUAUCGGUUACAUCCAUGCAGGUCUUUACAGAUCAGACAAUAUGCAUACCUUUCUGAUAGGUCAGGCACUGUGCCUGUAAUGAAGGAUGAUGGUAUUGGGUAUAAGGUUGAUGCUGGGAAAGAACCUCCAGUAGGGACCACAUCUACUCAGAACAAGCCAAUGACCUGGGAA